UGGGGCAAGAUCCCAGGCUGGGCUGGGCGGACGCAAGCGCGGAGCUGUGUCGGUGGGAGGGGGCUGAUGGUGUGUGUGUGUGUGAGGGGUUGGCGGAGGGUGUUUAUAAAGCUGCCUGCUCUCGGCUCCAGGAUGGACAUUUGCCGCCUGAAGCUGUCGGAGUGAGCGGGGGGGGAGUUGGAGCCGGGACACAACAGACAGACCAUGGGAUGGACUUCGACCUCAUCGCCAGCAGCAACCGGACGGCGGCUGCGGAGCACGGCUACCGGCUCCGGACCGUCACCCUCGCCUGGUUCUCCGCCUUCAACCGGAGCAACGAGUCCCGGGCGGGGGAGCCGCUGAGCGGUGACUUGGAGGCAGGGGGAGGCUCUUCGGCCGCCGCCCGCAUCAUCAUGUCGGUGGUGUACUCGGUGGUGUGCGCCCUGGGGCUGCUCGGGAACCUGCUGGUGCUCUACCUGAUGAAGAGCAGGCGGAGCUGGAAGAAAUCCUCCAUCAACCUGUUCGUCACUGGACUGGCGGCCACCGACUUCCAGUUCGUGCUGACCCUGCCCUUCUGGGCGGUGGACACGGCGCUGGACUUCAGCUGGCCCUUCGGCAGCCUCAUGUGCAAGCUGGUCUCCCUGGUGACCGUCAUGAACAUGUACGCCAGCGUCUUCUUCCUGACCGCUAUGAGCAUCGCCCGCUACUGGUCGGUGGCGUCCGCCCUGAAGCCCAGGAGCAAGCUGAGCGGCUGCUCGGCCAUGUGGGUCAGCAUGGUGAUCUGGAUCUCCGCGGCUCUGGCCAGCAUCCCGCACGCCGUCUUCUCCACCACCACCAAGGUCUCCAACGAGGAGCUGUGCGUGCUCAAGUUCCCGGACUACAAUGGCUCCAACCAGUUCUGGCUGGGUCUCUAUCAGAUCCAGAAGGUACUGUUGGGCUUCCUCAUCCCCCUGGUCCUCAUCACGGUCUGCUACUUGCUCUUGCUGCGCUACGUGACCAACAGGAAUAUCAGCAGCUCCAGCGCCAGCCGGAGGUCCCGAGUCACCAAGUCUGUCACCAUCGUGGUGCUGUCCUUCUUUCUGUGCUGGCUGCCCAACCAGGCGCUGACCUUCUGGGGGGUCCUGGUCAAACUCAACGCCGUUCAGUUCAGCUCCGAAUACUACACCGCCCAGUCCUACGUCUUCCCCAUCACCGUCUGCCUGGCCCACACUAACAGCUGCCUGAACCCCAUCCUGUACUGCCUGAUGAGGAGAGAGUUCCGCAAGGCGCUGAAGGGCAUGUUCUGGAGGAUCUCCUCCCCCACCAUUAUACACAUGCGGCCCUUCACAGCCAGCACCAAGCCAGAGCAGGAUGAGCAGAGGCAUGUCAUCAUUCCGAAAAACCCCGUACAGCCGCCGGAAGUUUUGUAUUACCCCCCGGGGGCUGUGAUGUGCAAUGGGCGAUACGACAUCUUGCCCGCCAACUCAGUGGAGCCCCGCUAUUGAGGAGUCCCUGGCUUGGGGAACGGGAUAGGUGGUUCCGCUUCUUAGAAGAACAAUAUAAUUUCUCUCUAAAUCCUUUCCAAAUGGUACAUGUAGUCCAAGUCUGCCUAGGUUUAGUCUACUCCUGAACGAUUCUCACUUUGCCAUUCCAGUUCGAUCGUGUCUCCAGCCCAAGUUGCUCUGGGUUAGUCGGUUGGACAGCUGAAACCGCAGCAGUGCCCAACCCAACACCAGCGGUGCGAACAUAGAGUCACAUCGGACUCCAAUCAUUAACUAUUUUCUCUCUGUACAGAUAUACCCGCCGAGUUUCUCCGUCACUUUUUGUUGUAACGUUUAUACGCGUUGCCCUGAACGGCGAAAUUCCCUUUCCGAAAUCGCUACAGUGGAUGUCAGCGCAUCGGGACUGAGUUACUCGCAGAACCGCCAGGCAACAGUCCCUGCAAUUAAACACGAAUGGAUCCCUCGAGAUUGUUGUGAAAUAAUAAUCGGAUUGGAACCAAGUACAGCUCAUUUUAGUGUACAGCAUCAAAAACUACCAAAUAGGGCACUCGCACUUUUCCGAACGAAAGUACUCACCAUGUCUACGUAGGAAACAUUGAGUUCAAUCUCUUACAAUAGUUUGUAGCCUUCUUAAACAAAGAAAUACUAUGAAUGAUAGUAAAUAUCGUGACACAGACUCAAGCUGUAUGUUUCAUUUAAUCAGAGUGACAAAUUGAGCAGAAAAUAAAUCAAUUUCAUUCUGUAAAAGGCGUCAGGUGAAAUCCUAGCAACUGUGAGACAGGUUGCCAUAUCUCCGUAAGGCCCUGAGAGACACAACAUCGUUUUCAAUUCAAAUUGCAAUCAAUGUGCCCUCCAAAUUACAGUUUAUCUCUGUCUUUUACAUUCUUCCUUUAUUUUUCGGUCCGAGACAUUUAUUGUAAAAUUCUCCGUCUUCACAUAAUUCGCCAUUCGCAUUCUAUAUGACCGCUGAAUGAUCCAAACCAUCGAUCUGUGGAGAUUCUGGUACAUAACUAUAUUUGUGUUUCGGGAUUCAACUUUCACAACAGUGUUAAUUGGGUCCGGCACAGUAACUGCGGUUACUGUAAAACACACCGAAAUUUCGAUCUUAUAAAACUCCUCUUCUGCGGAUGACAUUAUUUGUUAGAAUUUAGCUUUUAUACUCGGAAUCUGCAUGUUUAUAUUCCUCCAUGAUAAUAGUGUCGACAACAAAGAUUCAUGAUUCAAAGAUUGUACAAUUUAAUUAUUUUCAUAUUCACCAAUUUUGGCUCAUAAUUUGAAAAUUAAAGUUAUGAACCAAAAUGGUAUUGGAAGUAUUAACUAUUUUUGCUAAAUAGAUAAUUAGCGUGCUAAAAACAGUUUAUUAGUUGAGCAUUAUUAUACUCUUCAUUUGCAUUGAUGUAAAACAGUUUCAGAUAUGCAUUGACACAUAUCAGAAUUAAUUAAAGAGUUGGGUUGGUAAUUUGACUGAAGUGCAUGAGCUCCUCCCAGAUGUACUCCUACAUUGUUUGGGUUUCAGAGUAGUUCAAGUAGAACUGUGGCCAAAAAUGGCAUUAUACUAAAUCAUCAAAUGAUACAAUGCAGAAAGAGGAAGUUUGUUCACUCAUAUCUCUUUUAAAUCUAUCUAUUUAGUCCCACUCCCCUGUUUCUUACCUAUAGUUUUGAUUAAGUCUCCUUUUCAAAUAUCUGGACCUUCACUUUGAAGUCCCUGGUUCCUUGAUGCAUUAUGUAUGACAGUGAGACCUAUUGCAACUUGGAUUUAAUCUGCUACUUUUGUACUGUUGUAAAUAGUUUUUGGGUACAUGGCAAAGUUGCUAGUGCCAAUGUAACUUCAGAGUCUGGAGCCAGCCUAACUUCAGAAUGCAGCAUGUCAAGCAGUGUAAAACCUGGCUCACAUAUCUCGGGAGUAACACCAGAUUAAAAAAAAACCUUUGGAGCAGGCUAAAGGAGAUCAUUAAAAAAUGGGCUCAUAUUUUCUAUUCAUCUUCAUUGUUGCAUAAUAAUAAAAAAAUUGAAUCAUUGUAAAGAGUACAGACACAUAGACGUUCCCUUCUGCACCACUUCAGCUCAAAACAAAAUGUUGCCAGUGAGAAAGACUUUUAAAUACAUAGAACUUUUUCUGGUGUGCAACUCUUCAAAACAUUAUCUUUCAAUCACCUGAGUUUCUCUGUAGUAUAACUGCAGACAAAGCAAGUGUUUAAAACAAUCAUAGUAAGUUGCUUUUGUAGGGCAUUUUUUAGUAAAUCCAAGGCACUUAACAGAAGUGUUAGAAGACAAAGUUUGACACAAUGAAUUUAAAAUGAAGACAUUUUGUGGAAUGCAGUAAAGGAGAAAGAAACAUAGAAAAGUAAAAUAAAAAGGUUUAGUGAGGAAACUUCAGACCUUAGAGUUAUGGUGAUCUUUUUGGGGAAACCAUAAACCAUAAUGGAAGAAGUUACCUACAGGACGCUAAUUUUUAUAGCUAUUCUUUACCUCAAUAUGAACCAGAACCAACACUAUUACGUAUGAAUUAACAGACAAAUUAAAUUUUAAAUUAAAUAUCAGAUCUAUUUUGAAGCAGUCAGAACAGAAAUAUUUAUAUUAUUUCAAAUCUGUCCAAGGUCAGUAGAAUCCCUGAGCUCUGACUUGUUAGUGCACAAACAGUAUAUGAUCAGUCUUAAAUUGUCAAGGUGGUGUGUGGUCAAUUUGGUUUUGGUUUUAAAGAUUAUAGUCAUCUUAUUGAUAUUUCUUCUUAUUAUGUCCUGAUUGGUUCCUGGGAUGUCAGUCAUUUUGAAAGGCCAAUCCUGUCUUUCAUAGGGGCUUUCUUUAUUCUCCACAGAGAUUGGAGUCAUGUGCUUGACAAAAAUUAUCAUUAGACAAUAUCAUAUGAUUACCAGAAAUCAACCCUUAUCAAAUAGUGAAGAAGGCGUUUGGUAUGUUUUCUUUUAUUGGUCAGAGUAUUGAGUACAGGAGUUGGGAGGUCAUUUUGCAGCUAUAUAGGAUGUUGGUUAGGCCACUGUUGGAAUAUUG